AUGUGGGUGCUGCUGAUGCUUGCACUGGCGGUUGCCGUCUCCGCCGAAUGUCCUCGGCACUGUGAGUGCAAGUGGCGCAGUGGAAAAGAAUCCGCAUUAUGUGCUCACGCUGGCCUAACCGCUGUUCCACCACGUCUAGAUCAAACCACUCAGUUGCUCGAUUUAACGGAAAACAGAAUCACAAGUCUUCGUGACGACGCUUUUUCAUCUGCAGGCCUAAUAAAUCUUCAACGUCUUUAUUUAUCUGCCUGCCAUUUAAGGGUUAUACGACAAAAUGCAUUCAGAGCGCUCGUAAAUCUAGUUGAGCUCGACCUUUCCAGAAAUCGUCUAGAUUCAGUGCCGUCACAUGCUUUUGACUCAAUACCUGAACUCCGAGAGCUUCGACUAGGUGACAACCCUAUAAUAAAAAUUAAAGGUGAAGCGUUUUCGUCUUUGCCUCAUCUAGUAAGGUUAACUCUUAGUGCUUGUAAAAUAUCAGAAAUAGAUUUAAGUGGGUUCAAAGGUUUGGAAGGAUCAUUAGAGUACUUGGAUCUAAGUAAAAAUAAACUUCAAGUACUUCAUGUUGCUGUUUUAGCACCUCUUAGAUCAUUAAAAGGACUAGAACUUGCAAGUAACCCAUGGGAUUGCAAUUGUGAUUUAAGACCAUUGCGAGACUGGAUGAUAAGAAAAAAUGUUCCUGCAACUGUAGUACCCGAUUGCGCUUUACCACCUCGCUUAAUUUCGCAUCCAUGGGAUCGUCUCGAUCUGGAGGAUUUUGCGUGUUUUCCAGAAGUAUCAGUUAGCUCUAACAGUUUAAGGGGCGUGGAAGGAGAAGAAGUGACAUUAGUCUGUAAAGUUGUUGGUGUACCAGCGCCUAGAGUCCGAUGGUUGCGUGCUGGGCGUCUCCUAGCAAAUAGCACAUCAUUAAGUUAUAAUUCAGGCAGAGCAUUUACUUUGCGUAGUGAAGGACAAACAAGUAAUUUGACUAUUAAAUCAGCAGAUAUUCAGGACACCGGAAUUUAUACGUGUAAUGCUGAAAAUAGAGCUGGGAAAGCAGAAGUAAUCUUAAAUUUAACAAUAGAAAAGAAAAAUCCAAACAGAGGUUUUGGCGGAAAGGCGCUGAUGGCAGGAAUGGCUGUGUCUGCAGUAAUAGUUUUAAGUUCAUGUCUGAUAGGAUUAUGUGCAUAUGAAACUCGUAAAAAAAGACAAAUAGUUAGGUGGCAUGAACAAAUGGUUACUUCAAACCAUAAUGAUAAUAGUUAUGAAAAAAUAGAAGCUAAUUUAAAAACUAACGAGGAAGUUUCGAGAGCUCUUAUUUGCGAUAUUAAUCGAAAACGAGGUGACUACAGAAAUGUACCGUCACACGACCCCGAAGAAGAAUUGGAUGCAUUUAGUCGAGAAGGAAUGAGAGAUCAAAGAGAAUCGUCUACUCCACCUCGUGAAAAUCGUUGGCGACGAGUUGAUGUUGAGCCUUCGUCCACAAAUACUGGCGAAUUAGUACAAGACUUGCACAUACCACGGCUGAGCGAAUACAAUAUAAGAGCGGAAACAACAACUGAAUCAUUACAGAAUUCUAAAUCCGCGGGGAUUUUAAGCAGCCACUUAGAAAUUUUACCUGAAAAUCGAUUUAACAAUAAUUCUCGACAAUGUCCACGCUCACGCCUCAAUGACCGUUUCGAUAAUGAUCAAUCUGGUAGUGAUAGUGAAAAGAACUAUCCAGAUCUCAUAGAGAUGAGCGCUUUAGGGUCAUCUUCAUAUUUUCGAAACGACAAUAAACAUGAUCCUUACUAUUUUUACACAAUACCUCGGAGAAAAGAUGGAGAUAGUCGAAGUCCACUUUUAAAUAGUCGUAGAAAUAGUUCAGGAGGCGAUUCAGUAACAUUUUUUGAAAGAAGUUACGACAAAAAUAGACCUACAGCAAGCGGACGUCGAUCAAACAGUUUUUUAGACCUUUCCGUAGGCGGUUUUCGUAUGCGCCGAAACCCUAGCUUACCGGCUUCACCAUCCAGGGAGCAAUCGUCAGUUCCGUCCGCUACACCACUUCUAGAUUUAACAGGCCUUCGAGACUACUCACGAACAGGUCAACCUUUCGAAGAUUUUGAUUUUCGAGCUUCACAGCUAGAAAAAUUUUUAGAGGAAUAUAGAUCUUUAAGGGAACAACUUUCAAGAAUGAAAGAGACUAGAGAAAAUUUACAAAGAACGAGAGCUGUCGAAAAUGAUGAGUUGAGAUCUAUUCUCAAAGGAAAACCCAGUAUAGCAGUUACAGAAACUUCAUCCUCAGUGGCUUUGGCAGAUGCAGCUUCUCCAUUAGCUCUCAGCCCACCGGAGUAUAAGCCCCAAGGCUCGCGACCAGAAUGGCUAACAACAUUACUAUAUCGUAAUUAAAUCUUUUUGUAAAUAAUUAUACCUAUGAACUGAUGUUAAUGAUAAGCAAUUAAAUUGUUUGUAAGUAAAGUGAUAAAUAGUAUCAUUCUUUUAAAGUUAAAAUAAAUUUGAAAUUAAAAGUC